AGUUCAAUGAGAAAUACUCAAAGCAACCAAACAAAUCCCAUUUCAUUCAUGACUGACCUUUAUUAAAGAGUACUAUUCUAUGAAAAAGACCCAAGUUGGUCUAAGGCCCAUUAAUGAAACCCCUCCGCAGCAGCCGAGGCACCUAAUCCUGGCACUAGAGUCGCCCUUGACUGCGCCCUACCUGCACCCCAAUCGUCCCCAUCUCAGACUGUGGCUUCCUACCAGGAAAUGCCUCUCCAGUCGGGUCCAACCUCUCAGCCCCGAGGGCCUCGCCCUUCCUGCUGGGAUGGUGGCCAGAGUCAUCUCCUCUCCUCACCCCCACCCCCGCCUGGCCCAGGUGACUGCUACACCUGCGGGGGCCCUCACACCCUCAAGUCCAAAGGUCUUCACUGUCUUAUCAACAAGAUACACUUUAAACGUCUUUCAAUUCUCCCGGUCACUGUGUACAAGGGUCACUGUGCACCAGGCAGAGGCCACCUCCUCUCAGCUCAGUGCGGUGGCGUUCAAGGCUCUCCCAACCCCCGUCACUCCCGGGCACAAGAACCACUACUCAUCCCUCAGCUUGAAGGUUUCUCCUCCAAGAAGCCUGCCCGCCAUUCGGCAGGCACAGCCGGUGCCUUCUCCUGCGGCGGCCGUGCUCCCUCCGUCUGGGCAGGGAUGACCCCCGGAGUCCGGGGCUGUGCCCGCGCCAGCCCCUUCCAGGGGGAGCGGAGUGAAUCUGAGGUCGGACCCGGAGCAGAGCUGGCCGAGCGGGCGCCGAGCCCACGCCAUGGCCCGGAAUACGCUGUCCUCGCGCUUCCGUCGGGUGGACAUCGACGAGUUUGACGAGAACAAAUUCGUGGACGAGCAGGAGGAGGCGGCGGCGGCGGCAGGCGAGCCAGGCCCGGACCCUAACGAGGUGGAUGGGCUCCUACGGCAAGGGGACAUGCUUCGGGCGUUUCAUGCAGCCCUGCGGAAUUCUCCCGUCAACACCAAGAAUCAAGCUGUGAAGGAACGAGCCCAGGGUGUGGUUCUGAAAGUACUUACAAAUUUUAAGAGCAGCGAGAUUGAGCAGGCUGUGCAAUCACUGGACAAAAAUGGCAUUGACUUGCUAAUGAAGUACAUUUAUAAAGGGUUUGAGAAGCCCACAGAAAAUAGCAGUGCAGUGUUACUCCAGUGGCAUGAAAAGGCAUUAGCAGUAGGAGGACUAGGCUCCAUUAUAAGAGUUCUUACAGCAAGAAAGACUGUUUAAAAAAAAAAAAAGACUCAUGUUACCUUGAGAAGAAUUUUGGAUGCACAGGCUGGUGAAGAAGGAAUUGACAAUGGACCAUCUUCCUAGGAACUCCCAACUAUUUCAGGACAUGCAUCCGCUGAAGUGUAUUUUAUUUUCAAGGUGGAGGGAGAAAUUGUCUUACUGUUUCCUAAAUCCUUUUGCAGGAUCUGAUAGUCUAUGCCUUUGUCCACGAAUAAUGCAGAACUGACAUUGUGACUGUCUGCCAGAGUGGCUGGCCAGUGUUGGUCAGGUGUCCCUGUGUGCACUGCCUGUUUAAAACGGGGAGGGAUGCUUUGGGCAGGUACAGAUCCAAGGGCUGCGGUGGAAGGGAGAGCUUGUGUUUCUGAAUUGGAAACCCCCGGAGGGUUUGUACAGACAUCCCAUCCUCCCAGAAGGCGGGCUCUCUUGGGUUCAUUGUAAAGUGCCUGCUGCAUCAAUAAAGCUCUUGGCUUAUUAGUAUAUA